UUGAAAAAGAUAGAGUUUAUUUACUUUUUUCCAACAUUCAACUGAAAAACUGAUUGACUACAAAUCAAAAACUUAAACUAGAAUACUCAAAUUAUAAUUUGAUUAGUUCCAUUGUCUUCAGACAAGUAGACUAAAUAUAGCUAAAUCUUAUGCACAUUUCUUCAGAAGGAAAUUGUGUUCAGUAUGGCUUACUCUCAGGUAUACAAUGGAAAGCAUCUUUACUAUUCCUUUUUUUCUUAGCAAUAGUUACCUUGUUUCCCAUUUUUCAUGUCUCUGGAGCAAACAUGAGUUAUAAUUCUGCAGAUCAAUCAGUCAGUCCAUCAGCUUAUUAUAGUCCUAGACCAGUACAAGCAAUGUGUCCAUGAGUGCUCUGUGAGUGCUUAUAAAUCUAUCUUAAAAGAUAGUAAAUAAAAUUUAAGAUAAAGUUAAAAUACAUUUAUAAAACAACCUGACUAGAAUCUGUGAGUGAAGUCCAAAAAGAGCAAUCUAUGUCUAGGUUAUAAAGUAGUAUCGAAAAUUAUAUAAAAUGUGAUAACAUCUAAAAUUACAAAAAGGUGAUAGUAUCUAAAGAUUAAGUAAAAUGUGAUAAUAUGUAAAGUUACCCCCAAAAAUGAUAAUAUUUUAGAUUACAUAGAAUACAUCUGUCUAGUGGAAACUUGACCCUUCAAGGUCCGGCAAAUCUUCCAUGCAGCUGCACAAAACCUAGCCACCUGCACUGUAAUAAAAGGCCGCUCAUUUAUGAGCAGCAUCCAGGCACAGGGCAAGUCUGAAUAAGCACAUCUAACUUCUGACUGAGUAUUUUUAUACAGGAACAACUUAUUUCAUCUAAAAACUGACCUUCUUCAGAAAUUAUGAACAAAUUAGAGCCUUAAUAUAGAAUGCUAGAUCUUCUGUUUGUUCACAGUCCUUUGUUGUCUUAUUCUCCAAAAAUGUUCAAAGUAUGAGUUGUAUAUCUAAAGAAAACUAAUAUUUUUAAGUGGCAGAAGCCUAUGAGGAAAUCCUCCCAGAAGAAAAAGAAGAAAGAGUUCCAAUUAUCAUUUCUAGGAAAGAAGAGAUUCUGCCUUCCAAAGGUACAUACUCUCUUCAAAGAAUACCUAAAGCAACAAUCACCAAACCAUUGAAAAUGUUCCAUUAUUUUAUUUGUUCAGUUUGAUGCUGCCAUUUGCAUUUUAUGUUUUAUAAAUUCUUACAAGAAUUAAUUUUAUUUAAAGUGUCUAAGGUAUCCAGAAAAGGAAUGGCAGAAGAGAAGAUACCUGUUGCAAAAAUUGAAAAACCAGAGACAAUUUCUAUAUAUAAAAAAGCAGAAUCCACUGCUGAAAUUAAAACAAUACAACCUCAAAUAUCAGAAGAGAAGAAAACUGUUGCUAAACCUCCCAAACCAGAAUCCGUCAUUAUACCUAAACCAGCAGAACCUCAGGUACCAGAACAGAAGAUAACAGUUUCCACAUCUAGAAAACAAGAACCUACUGAGCUGCUAGAAGUAGUAGAGACAGUGCCAGAAAAGAAGGUAGCCAUUGAUAAGCCUAGAAAAACCCAAAUUGUAGAACUAGAAGCUCCGGAAGAAACAACUGAACCUCAGUUGUCAAAAAGGAAAAUAGCAGUUACUAAACCUAAAAAAGCUGAGCCCCUUACAGUGCAGAAAAUGGUAGAGCCUCAGGUGUCUCAACAGAAAAUAACUAUCACAAAACCUAGGAAACCAGAGCAUAUUGGGGUUCCUGAAAUACUCAAGGUUGAAGCGGAAGAACAGAAGGAAACCAAACCAGAACAUGCAGUGAUACCUGAAACUAUAGAAUGUAUACCAGGAAAAAAGGUACUAAUUACUAAACCUAAAAAACCAGAGAGGAUUACAGUAGAGAAAACUGUGGAAUCUAAACAGAAGUUUGUGGCUGCCAGAGUGAGAAAACCAGAAUCCGCAGUGGUACCAGAAGCAAUAGAGUUCGAGGAAGAGGAAGAGGAAGAGGAAGAAGAAGAAGAAGAAGAAGAAGAAGAAGACUGUUGUUAAACCCCACAAACCAGAACAUAUAGUGAUACAUGAAAGAGUCGAACCUCAAGUACCUGAAAAGAAAAAAACUAUUGU